GCACCUCCCGCAGGUUAAAACACCCGGAGCCGGGAUCCAGCUGCAGCGCCUCCACCAGACCCUCUAGUUCCCGUGGACUCGGACCCGAUCCCGUCUGACAGCUGCAGCUCUGAACCCUCCUAGAACCGAAUUGACCCGCGACUACCCCGACCCCCCUCUCCGAUCCCUCCCCGCCAUGGGAGACCCCUUCCACCGCUCCCUGCUGCGCACCCCUCGUGGCCGGUUCCGCGUCUCGCUGCCCCCGGGGGGUGAGUUCCUGCUGGGGACCCCGGAGCCCCUGAGUCGGCCGGGCGCCGCUGGCCAAAGCUUCUGCAUCCCUAUCACCGAGAUGGUCGGGGUGCAGCUGGGCGGGUCUGGUUCGUCCCUCACAGUGGAGGGAAACCAAUUCACAGUUUUCUUCGUGCAGCGGGAGAAGCGUCAGCGCUGGAGCCUGGGCUCCCUGGAGUUCACUGUGACCCCCGGCUCAGGGCUGGCUCCACGCUGGGUCGAUGCCCUGCAGCGUAGCAUCCAGCUGCAUGGUGUGACACGCCCCAGGAAGCUGCUGGUCUUCGUGAACCCUGGGGGGGGGCGGUGCCGCGCAGGUGAGAUUUACCGGGACCGGGUGGCUGGGCUCUUUGCCCUGGCGGGGAUCCAGACGGAGGUCAUAGAGACCCAGCGACCCCACGAGGCCCGAGAGCUCAUCCUGCAGCGAGACCUGGGCGACCUGGAUGGGCUGGUUUGCGUCGGAGGUGAUGGGACAUUUAACGAGCUUAUGCAUGCACUCAUCUCCCGGACGCAGAGGAAGGCUGGGAUUCCCGAAGACAACCCUACGGCCCCGCUCCUGCCCCCCCGGCUCCGCAUCGGCAUCAUUCCUGCAGGCUCCACGGACUGCAUCUGCUUCGCCACGGUGGGGACCAACGACCCCGUCACCUCCGCCCUGCACAUCAUCAUCGGGGACAGCCAGCCCCUGGACGUGUGCAGUGUCCACCACCACGAGCGGCUGCUGCGGUACGCGGUCUCGCUGGUGGGCUACGGCUUCUAUGGGGACGUGGUGAGCGACAGCGAGCGGCACCGCUGGAUGGGGCCAAUGCGCUACGACUUCUCAGGGUUCAAGGCCGUGCUGUGUAACCGCAGCUACGAGGGCACUGUGGAGUUCCUGACGGUGGGGGGCACUGAGGCCAAUCCCCGGGACCAGACGCGCUGCAGAGCAGGCUGCCUUGUCUGCUCCGAGUCCAGUCACCAGCUCCUGGGGGACAGCAAGGAGAAGCUGCCGCAGCAGGAAGGCACUGGGGCUGCGGCCAGCGAGUGGCAGCGGGAGCAGGGCCGUUUCCUGGCCAUUAACUUGACCUGCAUGAGCAGUGCCUGCCCCAAGAGCCCUGAUGGCCUCUCGCCCAGUGCCCACCUAGCCGACGGCACGGCCGACCUCAUCCUGGUGCGCGAGUGCUCAGCCCUGGGCUUCCUGCGUCACCUGAGUCGGCACAUGGACCAUCGGGACCAGUUUGACCUGCCCUUUGUGAGUGUGCACCGGGUACGGGCCCUGCGCUUCACCCCCAAGCAGCUGGAGGACAGCGAGGAGGGGGAGCAGCCCGGCCACAGGGGGUGGAAGGGGCUUCUAGGGGGGCUGUGCUGUGGGGAGCAGCCACUGAGCUCCUGGAGCUGCGACGGGGAGACUCUGCCCCACGCCGACAUCAGUGUCAGGGUGCACAGGCAGCUCAUCCACCUGUUUGCCCGGGGCAUCGAGCAGGGGAUGGGCCUGCUUUAGGGGCCGCCUGGAGCUGCGCCCUGUGAGAGGGCUGUGCCCUCGCCCAUCAACGGAGACCAAGAGCCCAGCAGGGCAACAGAGAUGCUGUGGUCUGCGGGGACAGCCGCAUGUCAGAGCCCUCUGUUUGCUCCCUGGCCCCCAGAGGGAGCUGUGCCGUGCUGGGUCAAACCAUCCCCACCUGGCUGGCUCCAAGGUGGGGUGGGGACAGGGGCGGGACCCGCAGUUCUCUGCAGCGACCUGGAGGCUCAGGCCACCCCCACCGAAGCCCAACUGGACAGUAGCCACCCCUGCGGACGUUGUUUAACCAGCGCCACGUCUACGCUAACUUACAUUGGUGUGAAGCCACCGCAGCAAUCACAGUCGGUGGAGCGGGGUGGUUACAUCGGCAGGAGCCAAAGUUCGGUGUUGACACUUUCAGUUAGGUUGACGUCAAGUGGCCUUGGGUCGACCUACCGCUGUAUUGUAGCCCAGACCCCCGGGGGUAAGCGGGGACAGAUAUAAUGUAGCUGGGGAGUGGGAACGAUGGGGGGAAAGUAGAGAACUGGGCGGGGCUUCUGAACAAGCAGCUCAGUCACAAAUAAAGGGAGAACGGGUCCCACUUGGCUGUAUUUGAUUUCCACCAGGGGUGGGGAUCAGGGGCAUCCGAUGCCUUUGUGGUGGGGGUAGGCAGCAGGCCAUUCCCCGACAGGCUGGAGGGCAGCCCUGGGCAUGGAUGGAGACUGGCCUCUGAUUUAAUGCCGACCCCCACCUCGGCAGCUAUCACUAGGGCCAUCCGAGUUACCAAGCGACACCCAGGAGAGCUGGGUGGCAGGGCCAGGCUCUGGGGAAGAAGCUGUCAGACCCCCAAGGGGCACAGGAUGCAGCAGCCAGACAGACGGAGCCAAGGCUGAUUCCAACAAUCUCUGUUUACAAAACGGCGCCAUUUACAAAAGCCCCAGGGCUGUGGCGGGGCUGGAAUGUCUCAGCAGCAAAGCAAGCACAGAGUCCCGGGGCCAGGUGGCAGCAGUCGGCCCCACCGGAGCCAGAGGCUCUAAGCUCCCUCAGCCUGGUGUGGGGCCAGAGCCUAGGGCAGGGGCGGGCAGUGAGAUGGGCUGUAAACAUGACAGGCCCUUAUGGUCCCAGGAUGUGGGUGGGGAAGGGGAUCUAGGCCCAAUGCGGAGCAGGGACCUGGCUGGAGUGCAUCUGGAGGGGCAGGGAAUCCAGACCCAGGGAGCUGUAGGGGCUUGGAGGAAGGUGUAGAUGGGAUGGGUGGGGGGUUAGUGUCUGGGCAGGGGCUGCAGGAGACCUCAGUGAACCAGGACCUGGGCCCACUGGGGGGGAGGGCGGGGCCACAGAAAUCGCAACCCAUUUGGUUGUCCAGGACAUAUCCCCAGUGCCCAGCGCCACCCCCCCUGCCCGCCUCCCCCACCAUGGUGUCCAGCUCCCCCAACCCU